GAGGAGAAGGCACAAGAUCAGAAGGCGCAGUUGGCGGAACGCGAUGAUCUGAUUGGCCAGCUACGGACCAAUCAGCGUAAGCUGGAGGAAGAAAACAAAGUUCUUAUGGAACGGAUCAUGGAUAUUCAAAACAACCUCUCACACCAGGAAUCUGCGACAAGCCGCGCGGAGCGCCUAAGCAUCUCUCGGCUGCAUGCAGUUAAGUCGAACGAUGAGUGUCGACUGAUACGAAGAGCCCUCGAAGAUUCUGAGUCGAGGGUCAACGCUGCUGAAGUCGCACGUCGCAAUCUGGAGACGGAAUUCCAGCGCCAGCGCAACACCCUGACUGAUCGGUCGGCGGAACUGCAGGCCUCGAAUGCGCGGCUGGAUACCGCACUAAAGGACCUAUCGGCGGCUGAAAACCGAAUCAGUGAACUGAACUGCACCGUGGAGAGGCUGACGCAGUUGUGCAGUCGAAAUGCGAUGACAGAGAGCGAGGCAAAGGAUCAGGCGGAACGACUGACUGCGAGAGUCAACGAACUGCAGCAUGAGAACGCCGAGAUGCAUGAGCGCAUUGCGCUACUGCAACGUCAGUUGACUGCAGCCGAUCACGAAAAUCGUAUCCUGCAGGAGAGAAACGAGAACAUACAGAACAGCCUGUUCGAAUGCAAAAACCAGCUACAGCAAAUGCACGAUCGGAUACAGAAGCUGCAGGCAGAGCUGAGUGCAGGCGACCUUCAACGAUCGGAAUUGGAGACUCAGAAUCGCCAAUUGCACAACCAAAUAAGUGAACAAGACAAUGUCCAGAAGGAUCUCCUACAGCAGUUACUUACUUUGCAAUGCAAUAAAGAGAAUGCAAUGGAAAAGGUCUCCACCCUGACAAAAUCAAACACGGAAUGCGAGAAGGAGAAGGCCGAUUUGGAGGUGGAGUUGAAGCAACAGAAAAGUGAAAUGCAGCAGUUGAAGAAGACGCUUGAACGGGUAGGUAUUCUGUCCACCUUUCAAAUCGAGAUCAUAGUCGCAAAAAAACUAAUAUGUUUGCCUUUUUAG